CACCGUUCACUCUACCUCGUAUAACAUAGAUUCCCUCUCUCUCUCUCUCUCUCAACAAAAGCACACCCUUUUACACAGCUAGCUUUCCUUUUACUAAUUGACUAAGUGUAAACACGCCUUUCGAUACUAACAUCAAGAAUGGCCGACGACAGUCCCACUACCGCCUCACCUCCGCCGGAAAUGGCUAGUGAGCAGCCCAUUUUGUCUCACCCUCCACCAUCACCUCCGCCACCUGGUUCUGUAACAGAGAAGGAAACCCCAUUUUCACCACCAUCCACCACUACCAUAGGUCAGGUUAUUGAACAACCAGAAAAAUCCAUAUCCAAUGAACCCACCAAAACCCCUGAACACAUGCCUUCUUUCAAGGAAGAAAGCAACCAAAUCAAAGAUCUUUCAGCUUCAGAAAAAAAAUCACUUGAUGACUUCAAACACAUUCUCCAAGAAGCCAUAACCAAGAAAGAGUUUACCUUUUUGACUAAACCAGAAGAACCCAUUUCAGAAAUCACUUCACCUCCUGAAGAAAUUUCAAUUUGGGGCAUACCCCUUUUGAAAGAUGAAAGAACUGAUGUUAUUUUGCUCAAGUUCUUGAGAGCUAGAGACUUCAAAGUCAAAGAUUCUUUCACAAUGCUCAAAGACACACUCCAAUGGAGACAAACAUUCAACAUUGAUUCUUUACUUGACGAAAACUUAGGAGAUGAUCUUGAAAAAGUUGUGUUUAUGCAUGGAUUCGAUAAAGAAGGACACCCUGUUUGUUAUAAUGUAUACGGCGAGUUUCAGAACAAAGAAUUGUAUCAGAAAACUUUUUCCGAUGGAGAAACGAGGCUGAAGUUCUUGAGAUGGAGGAUUCAGUUUCUUGAAAGGAGUAUAAGAAAGCUAGAUUUCACCCCUGGCGGUGUAAACACCAUUUUCCAGAUCAACGACCUGAAAAACUCUCCGGGACCGGCCAAGACGGAGCUCCGGCUAGCCACCACUCAAGCUCUGCACCUCCUGCAGGACAACUACCCUGAAUUUGUAGCAAAACAGGUUUUCAUCAAUGCUCCAUGGUGGUAUUUAGCUUUCUAUACAAUGAUCAGUCCAUUCAUGACUCAAAGAACCAAGAGCAAGUUCGUAUUCGCAAGCUCUGCAAAAACCCCCGAAACCCUUUUCAAAUACGUGACUCCCGAGCAUGUUCCAAUUCAAUACGGUGGGUUGAGCUUAGAUUACUGUGAUUGCAAUCCGGAAUUCACCAUUGAUGAUCCAGCUUCAGUGGUUACAGUUAAACCUGCAACUAAGCAAACUGUGGAGAUUAUAGUCAACGAGAAAUGCGUAUUUGUCUGGGAGCUACGUGUAGUUGGUUGGGAAGUGAGCUAUGGUGCUGAGUUUGUACCCAAUAACGAAGAUCUUUACACCAUAAUCAUACAGAAGGCGAAGAAGAUGACUCAAAGUGAUGAACCUGUGAUUAGUCACAGCUUCAAGAUCAGUGAGAUUGGUAGGAUACUUCUUACUAUUGACAACUCGACUUCAAAGAAGAAAACAUUGCUCUAUAGGUUCAAGGUCACUCCUUUUUCAGAAUGAAGAACUUACAGAAGAUGAAUCUGUUCUUGUUGUCUAGGAUUUGGAUAUGAGUCUUUAUUUAUAUUAUAGAUAUAUUUCUUUUAUGGUAAUUUGAAGGCGUGAACUUGAUUUCAUCUUUGUUGCUUGUAACUUGUAAGUGUGUGAACGACAAUCAGUUUUAAUUUGGAUUGGUUAUGGUAGAG